AUUAAAGCUUAAUUCUUUGUUGAGGGAUCUGUUCGUUCUUGACUUCUUGUAACUUGUAAGGACCAAAGGAUCUGUUUUUUUCCAGCGAUACACGUCCCAUGAUGAAAGCUGGCCCAUAACCUCAUUUUUGAGCAGCCAGUGCAAACCCGACCCGAACCAAGCUUCAAUCCAUCUUACCCGACCCGAUCCACAUUUUCUCUCUCUCUCUCUCUCUCUCAAGCCAAAAACUACGAGUUCACCUCUACCCACGAGUCUCUGGCUGACCACUGCCACUGCUCUGCCUCCUCCCUCCAUCUCCGUCACUGCGUCGCUGCUCCGCCUCUGCCAAGUUUCUCGGUCACUGCUCUGCGCCUCAUGGUGCUUAGCAACUUGUGAGAACCCCAACUCAUGCCAUAUUUCCACUGAACACUCUCUUUGCACACAUUUGUGGCUAAGCUUUAAACAGAUUAAAUUCAACUGAACCAUGGUUGGGAGUGACCUAGACACCAACAAAGUGGAUGGUUGUGUGACUACUGAUGUCCAGCAUAGCUACUUACGGCAUAUGAUUGAUUCCAUUAUGAGCGAAACAUCAUCAUCUUUUGCAGCAACUUUCAUACAAGGCUCACUCCAGGAAGGAGGAGAAAGGAGGAACACCGAUCUUGAAAUGAGCCUCGCUCAUGAACCCAUGGUAUCAGGCACAAGAGAAUCUGCUGUUCAAAAUAGCUGUGCUGCUUCGGCCAUGGAAUGGAGCAUCCAACUUGAGAAGGGACUCCGUUCUAGUAAGCCAGGCGCACCGGCUCAAGCCAUAUUGCAGCUAGGUCAUCACCUUGAGCAGUGGAGCAGAGAGCUUGAAUCAGACGAAUCUGGCAUUGCUCCCAAUGUUAUAUCUGGCGUAGUGCCAGGUGAAGUUAGGCUAUUUGCCAAUGCCAUCCUCUUGCGCCUUGCUGGAGCCUUUAAGGGAGGUGACAAGGAAAUCAAGGUUUCUGUUGUCAAGGCUUUUUUGAAUGAACGAAGGCAUCGAAACGGUCAGAAGCACAGGGAGUGUAAGGGCUUGCUGUCAAAGGAAAGAGUAGCUAAUCACUUGGAGUUGUUGAAUCAAGUGAGAUAUGUUUUUCAGAAUGGAGACUCAGAGUCCAAGGAACUUGCUUUAAUUCUUUUGGGUUGCUGGGCUGAAUUCGCCCAUGACAAUGCUCAAAUACGAUACUUGAUACUUUCCAGCCUUGUGUCUCCUGAUCCUCAUGUGGCAAAAGCAGCAUGUUUUGCUGCUGGAUGCUUUUCUGAGAUAUCAGAUGAUUUUGCUUUAAUUACACUGCACAUGGUGUACAAUAUGAUGAGUUUAUCUACGGUGUCUCUGCCAGUGAAGUUGGCUGCAGCACAAGUUGUUCCAAAACUGAGGUCUACAUUUGAAAAUAUAUACAAAGCGUACCAGGCAGGUGUACGGUUCCUAUCAAGUAUUUUAGAUGAAGAUGUUUUGGUAGCUGUGCUAUCCUCACUUACCGAACUGUCUUCCCUUUACUCACCAAUUGCUGAAAUUCAGGUGAACUUUCUUAUUUCAUUUCUGAAGCGGGAAACGACUUCACGUGUGCAAGAAGCGAUCUUAAGAUGCCUCCAAUUUCUAUUCCAGAAAGGACUGUGCCAAUAUCCAGCUGAAUAUUUAUCUUCAAUUACACAGCAGUAUAACCAUAACUUCACCUUCAACUAGCCAAUUUGUUCUAUAGUCAUCCUUGCUGAUAACUACAACUAAUUCAUACUAUAGUGCAGCUCUGCAGAAAAACUCUAGUAUAUUUCUGCCAGGUUUAUGCUUUCUAAUUGUACAAGUGUGUAGUAAUUUUAGUUAAUACUAAUCAUAAAAAAAAUCUUAGCAUGUUUAUAUUGUCAUGAAACGAGUUAUUCUAAAAGUUUAAGCAGAUGGAUAA